AUGCAGAACAAUGAAAACAAAUCCCAAAAAACCUAUACACAACAAAUUCUCCAUAAAGAAUUCUUCCAAGCAAGACCGAGAUCCUUUUCUUUUAGUGGCCGCCCAAGCAGUGAUAUGCAAUCUGAAGAUGCAGAUUUAUGGAGUCCGCCAGGUCAGACGGACAUCUUCCAACAACAAAAGGAUGAACAACCAAUCAACGAAUGGCAGCGAGACAAAGUACCAAAUAAAAAACGUAAAAGACCCGACAGCCCAACGGAAAGUGUAAUUAAACAGAAGUACACAAGACAAGUCAACUAUAAAGUUCCUGUUCGAAACCAAUUCGACAUCCUUAGCGACGAAGAUCCUGAAAUCGCACCUAAAACUAAAGAAUAUAUACCAAAACCAGAACCAAUUUUUGUGACUGAUAUUGUCAACAUAACACCCUUAAGGGAACUUAUAGUCAUAGUUAAGUUUAUAGUCAUAGAUAAGUUUACAACGUUUGUACGAUGA